UUGCUUCCCAGUGUGCCUGAUCAGCACAAGGCACACAUGGAAUAGGAUUCAAAUCCCUCUUAGUACCUGAAAAUGAUGGGAAAUAGACCCAGCACAGAGAAAGAGGUGCCCUUGACUGAGGUAACACAAAAUUGGAGAGAAAUCUUUGGCGCAGCAAGUCUAUCAAGACAGCAAAUGAAUAUUUCCUGAGGAGAAGAUUAACCAUUUACAACUAGAGAGGGAGCCCUGGCAGACCUUUGAGGGAUGUUUGACCUGCACAGAUUCACUUUACACAUCAGCUAAAGACUAUGGUCCCAGGACAAAUGGAUUAUUGGUAUUAUGGGAUAAUUGGGCACAGGACCACCCUAGAGAAUGUUGGAAGGAAAUGGUUGUUCCCAGAAAUGAGGAGCAGCAAACCUAUGAGGAGCUUGAUCUACUCUAAUUAGUGAGGAGGUCAUCUGCAGCCCCCACUCACCAAAAUCUGGGCACAGCUCAGGGGCACAGGCUCCACCAGAGUGUUUUGGGCACUCUCAGAUUCUGGGCCACUCCUGGAGAUGCUGAAAUGAAGGGGUGGUAUGAGUAGGGUACCUGUACCUGGCAAGAUCUGGGGAAGGCCAUAGGAUGGCACUGAGGUGUGUAAUCCCCCUGGAUUUGGUGCAUAAGUGAGGGCAUGGCCAUGCCCUCCUCUUUGGGGAGCAUUUCUGAGGUAUCUCCCAUGCUGUGACAGCCCAUGGUUGACAUUUCCAGCUCACAGGGUGUUAUGGACACCCACGCCCCAGCCCCCCAGCUCCCCAUUUUCAACUCUGCUGUGCUGCUGGAGCCGGGAAAUCACCAGCAAUCCUUCCUUUGGCUGCAUCCCUGGCCAGAUGCUGCAGAGGGGUGAGGCCUGGCCGAUUAAUCUGUGCUCAGAGAGGCUGUUGGAUUAGUGCUUCAUCUGCUCUCGACAUCUGCAGCUGCAGGACAGCCCCAAAUUCAUCAGCUGGAAGCCGGAAGGGAGCAGCAAGGCUGGUAAGAGCUCUUUUUUAGGGAGGGUUGAUGAUUGAACUGCCUCUGUCAGGUAGCAGGAUGAGGGAGGUUUUAUGGGAAAGGUGGUGGUAGUGCCAUUAUCUUGGCACUUCCAAACCUGUCACACAGUUCCUUGGCUGUGUCUGGGAGUCCCAAGUGUAAGGGGGGUGUUGUUGGCUGUGAAGAGGGAGCAAGGUGGUGAAGAGGGAAAGGGGGGGGCUGGAAGGACCAUGUGGAGCAGGCACUGUGAAAAUGUGGCAGUCCUGAAGGUCUCAAAGCUUCAGUUCCUUGUGUUUGGAGGUGGGGUGAGGAUGGCCCUGGGAAAUGAGAAGUCUGUGCCAUACCAUACUGCCCAGCCUGGGGGGACAGGGGACACCUCCUGAGGGGACUGGGCAGUGCCCUCAGGGAGAUGGGAAUGGUCCCAAGGGAGUCCUGGAGUCAAGUGGUUCUUUGAAGGGGGAAGGAAGGGACAAUUUCUGAAACUGAGCCCUUAGAGAGCUGGGAAUGGCCCUCAAAUCACCCAAAGAGUCAAAUGGUUCUUUGAGGGUAAAUACAAGGUGCUGCCAAACCAGAGAGAGAGACAUGGAAGGUGUUACUGGGGAUCUAUCUCACAUAGUUACUGUGAUUUGGGCUGGAAAAUCACAUCAUUCCAACCCCCUCUCCCCAUCCAAAACCAGUCCCUCCCCGCUGUUCUCCUUACCUGAGCUGGGCUUUGUUACCCUGGACUUCCCUCCUUGAUCUGACUCUGCUUUUUUCCUGCACUAACUGUUGGUUUCUCUUCAUUACAGGGGUUUAUGAGCCUUUUGUUUGUGCAAACAGGCAGCACAGGGGAGGAGAAGAGAGUCCUGAGCAGCCAUGGAGGGGUUACAGCUGCGGAAGGCUCCCAGCAGCCGGAGCUUCCUCAAACUCACUGCCAUGGAGGUGAAGUGGAUCCAUGUGUUGGUUGUCUUCCUCUUCCUGCUCUCUGUGGCAAUGACAGGCUGCUUCCUGUGGCAGUACAGCCUCCCCAAGGUGGAGCCCGGCCCUUCUGUGAUGGAAGUGAGAUCAGAAGCUGUGCAGAUGUGUCCCCGCUACCCUGAGCCGGUGCCGCUGGACCACCCCAUCCCCAUCCUGAAGGAUGCCUUGGAGAAGGUGGAUUUGAUGCUCAGGCAGAAGAUGCACAGCUCGGGGCUCCCAGCCAUGUCUGCCAUCGUCAUCUACAACGACACAGUGCUCUGGACAGGAAACUUUGGGAAGAAGAACAUCUCCGACCCCUCCUCGGCUGUGCCCAACGAAUACACCAUUUACAGAAUUGCCAGCGUCUCCAAGAUCUUCCCCACCAUUAUGCUGUACAAGAUGUGGGAGGAAGGCAAGGUCACGUCUCUGGAUGACCCCUUGGAGCGUUAUGCCCAGAACUUUGUUAUCAAGAACCCCCUGGGAAGGCUGAAGGACUCAGAGCAGAGAUACACAGCAGAUGGGCUGGUGUUUUUGGAGAAGGGCUCGAUGCCACCGAAGCCAUCGCCCGUCACCCUGCGCAGGAUGGCCAGUCAGCUCUCAGGUCUGCCCAGGAGGCUGAGAUCCACCAGCCUGCUGUGGAAGGGCACCACGCAGGACGCCCUGGCUCUGCUGAAGGAUGAUGUGCUGGUGGCUGAUCCAGGAACCAGGUGCCACUACAGCAACCUGGCCUUCUCCCUGCUGGCCCACGUGCUGGCCGAGCAUGGGGCCAACGGGCAGUACCAGCGCUGGAUCUCGGAGCACAUCCUGGACCGCCUGGGCAUGGAGGACACGGGGUUCGACCUCACGCCACCCAUCCGCUCCCAGAUGGCCGUGGGCUUCUACAGCAGCCGCCAGCCCGCCCCGCUCUACGACCUGGGCUGGUACAGACCCUCGGGGCAGAUGUACUCCACGGCUGCCGACCUGGCCAAGCUGGCCAUGGUCUUCUUGGGCACCUACCACCGCCGGCUCCUGGAGCCUGACACGGUGAAGACCAUGCUGACCCCGCUGCUCAAGUGCUCCAGCGACUACUUUGCCAACAAGACCGGCACGCCCUGGGAGAUCAACGAGCAGCUGGGCUACGACAUCAUCAGGAAGGAUGGGGACCUCGAUGGCUACUCAGCCACCUUCUCUCUAAUCCCCAAGCUCCACCUGAGCUUCAUUGUGCUCAUGUCAGGGCCCAGGCCUCAGGGUGGGGAUGUUGUGACUCAGACUUAUGAGUAUCUCAUUCCGGCCAUGGAGACGGCUUUCAGGGAGGCAGAGAAGAGUGUGAUCCCCCCUCCAAACCCCAUCCCUUAUGUUGGCUACUACACCUACUCCAACCUGACUUUCUAUGAGAUCAAAGUUGGCAUUGGUGGGGUGCUGAUCAUGCAGCAGUUUGGGCCUCAUGUAGAAGAGCUGAUCCCUGAGAAGUAUCGGACAAUCAAGCUCCACCACCUGGAGGAUCGUGUAUUCCAAGUUGUUUUUGACAAGGAGUUCCCGUGUGUCCUGCACCUGGGCUCUGCCUCCAUCUCCCUGGAGACCCAAAAUGGGCAGCUCUUUAACUUUUACCCCUUUGACCGCAAGGGUUUGUCUCCUGGCUUUGAUGCCCCGGGGUUGAACACCUACAAUGUGGUGCGUGUGCUCCGCAAGCCCGUGUUCUACAGCUAAACACCCCCUGCUCCCCUCACCUCUUCUGGGAGGUGGCUUCAAAUCUGUGUCUUACCAGACUCUGGUUGGCUCCAUGGAAGCCAUUUAAAAGGGGAAAGGUGGUGGCAAAUGACUCUUUUGCCAAAUAAAUGCUUCUAAAAUGGCUUCCCGCUUCUGACAUGGGUUUAAUGGCUGGCAACCCCCCCAAAAUGCACAACAGGCCAGCUGGAGAUGCCUGCAGAACAUAAAAAAGAGGUGGGAAUGUGCUGAGGGGAUUGUGUUUGGAUGCCAUAAAAACAAAACUGAGCACUGAAGUGUCCACACUUUAGUUGUCUGUUUGGUGACAACUGGUAUCAUCAAAGGCUGAAAAUGCCCUCUGUCUCUCAGAAAAUAUCUCUUCUUCAGUCCAAGGGUUUUUCCAUGGCUUUUCAGGAGCCCAUCUACCACGAGCAAGAUCCCUUACUUGGGUUUGCCAAAAGCCUGACGUGCUAAAAAAUGGCCCCACGCCUGAUCCCAGGCCCUGCUUGGGAUCCCUGGGAUCCUUUUUUUCUCCAGGUCAUGAGGAGGAAACUGUGAAAAGAGCAGAGAACGAUGUGGUCUUGGCUCCAUGGAUUUCUACAGGAGUGGUGGUCACACCAAGGAUGUUGUAGCACUUCAGCAGAGAAAUAGAAGCUCACUCUUGUGAGCAGGGCCACAUGAACAUAAGCUGGGACAUUCCAACUGGACUCAGGCCUGUGACCAUCUCCGUGUACAGGAAAGGGUGUGUGAUGUUUAACCACAGGAAUGUGUGGGAAUCUUUCUGGGUGUUUUGGGCAGGGUGUCUGUUUGCAGAUGUCUCCAGGUGUGAGUGAAGAUGCUGAGGGAAAGGACGUCAUCCUGGGCAGCCCUGCACUGAGGACAGGAGCACCUGCAACUGCAAAGCCACAGGUGCAUUUUCUUCUCCCUUCCUGUGCCCACUCAAGGCCAAGGCAGGUGAAACAGGGGAUCCAGGUCACAACAACCCCAGGCAAUGCUCCAGGCUUGAGGAAAAGGGUCUGGAAACCUGCCUGGGCAGAAAAGGACUUGGAGGUGCUGGUUGAUGGUGGCUGAACAUGAGCCCAGGUGUGCCCAGAUGGGCAAGAAGGCCAGUGGCCCCUGGGCUGUACCAGCCAUUGUGUGGUAACAGGGCCAGGGCCGGGACUGUCCCUGUGCUGGGCACUGCUGAGACACCUCACAGUUCAGUUUUGGGUCUGUCACAACAAGAAGGACAUUGAGGGGCUGGAGCAUGUCUAGAGAAGGGAACAGAGCUUGG